CCACACUUGGAUGUAGAUCUCAACCUUCACAGGACUCUUCAUUGCUGGUUGGCAAUGAUGUAUCGGCCAGAUGUGGUGAGGGCUAGGAAAAGAGUCUGUUGGGAACCCUGGGUUAUCGGCCUCGUCAUCUUCAUAUCCCUGAUUGUCCUGGCAGUGUGCAUUGGACUCACUGUUCAUUAUGUGAGAUAUAAUCAAAAGAAGACCUACAAUUACUAUAGCACAUUGUCAUUUACAACUGACAAGCUAUAUGCUGAGUUUGGCAGAGAGGCUUCUAACAAUUUUACAGAAAUGAGCCAGAGACUUGAAUCAAUGGUGAAAAAUGCAUUUUAUAAAUCUCCAUUAAGGGAAGAAUUUGUUAAGUCUCAGGUUAUCAAGUUCAGUCAACAGAAGCAUGGAGUGUUGGCUCAUAUGCUGUUGAUUUGUAGAUUUCACUCUACUGAGGAUCCUGAAACUGUAAAUAAAAUUGUUCAACUUGUUUUACAUGAAAAGCUGCAAGAUGCUGUAGGACCCCCUAAAGUAGAUCCUCAGUCAGUUAAAAUUAAAAAAAUCAACAAGACAGAAACAGACAGCUAUCUGAACCACUGCUGCGGAACACGAAGAAGUAAAACUCUAGGUCAGAGUCUCAGGAUCGUUGGUGGGACAGAAGUAGAAGAGGGUGAAUGGCCCUGGCAGGCUAGCCUGCAGUUGGAUGGGAGCCACCGCUGUGGAGCAACCUUAAUUAAUGCAACAUGGCUUGUGAGUGCUGCUCACUGUUUUACAACAUAUAAGAACCCUGCCAGAUGGACUGCUUCCUUCGGAGUAACAAUAAAACCUUCGAAAAUGAAACGUGGUCUCCGGAGAAUAAUUGUCCAUGAAAAAUACAAACACCCAUCACAUGACUAUGAUAUUUCUCUUGCAGAGCUUUCUAGCCCUGUUCCCUACACAAAUGCAGUACAUAGAGUUUGUCUCCCUGAUGCAUCCUAUGAGUUUCAACCAAGUGAUGUGAUGUUUGUGACAGGAUUUGGAGCACUGAAAAAUGAUGGUUACAGUCAAAAUCAUCUUCGACAAGCACAGGUGACUCUCAUAGACACUACAACUUGCAAUGAACCUCAAGCUUACAAUGACGCCAUAACUCCUAGAAUGUUAUGUGCUGGCUCCUUAAAAGGAAAAACAGAUGCAUGCCAGGGUGACUCUGGAGGACCACUGGUUAGUUCAGAUGCUAGAGAUAUCUGGUACCUUGCUGGAAUAGUGAGCUGGGGAGAUGAAUGUGCGAAACCCAAUAAGCCUGGUGUUUAUACCAGAGUUACGGCCUUGCGGGACUGGAUUACUUCAAAAACUGGUAUCUAAGAGAGAAAAGCCUAAUGGAACAGAUAACUUUUUUUGUUUUUUGGGUGUGGAGGCCAUUUUUAGAGAUACAGAAUUGGAGAAGAAGACUUGCAAAACAGCUAGAUUUGACUGAUCUCACUAAACUGUUUGCUUGAUGCAUAUAUUUUCUUCCCAGCUCUGUUCCAUACAUAAGCAUCCUGCUUCUGCCAGAUCAACUCUGUCAUCUGUGAACAAUAGUUGAAACUUUAUGUACAUAGAGAAAUAGAUAAUACAAUAUUACAUUACAGCCUGUAUUCAUUUGUUCUCUAGAAGUUUUGUCGUCAGAAUUUUGACUUGUUGACAUAAAUUUGUAAUGCAUAUAUACAAUUUGAAGCACUCCUUUUCUUCAGUUCCUCGGCUCCUCUCAUUUCAGCAAAUAUCUAUUUUCAACGUGCAGAACAAGGAGUGAAAGAAAAUAUAAGAAGCAAAAAAUCCCCUACAUUUUAUUGGCACAGAAAAGUAUCAGGUGUUUUUCUUUUUCUUAGUGGAAUAUUGGAAAUGAUCAUAUUCAUUAUGAAAGGUCAAGCAAAGUCAGCAGAAUACCAAUCACUUCAUCAUUUAGGAAGUAUGGGAACUAAGUUAAGAAAAGCCAGAAAGAAGCCAAGAUAUAUCUUUAUUUCAUUUCCAAACAACUACUAUGAUAAAUGUGAAGAUUCUGUUUUUUUGUGACCUAUAAUAAUUAUACAAACUUCAUGCAAUGUACUUGUUCUAAGCAAAUUAAAGCAAAUAUUUAUUUAACAUUGUUACUAAGGAUGUCAACAUAUAACAAUAAAAUAUAAAUCACCCAUUUGCUUGACAUUAUGAUAUGAUAAUCCACAAAGAAGGGGAAGAUGGGAAAAAUGUUACUAGUCAAUUUAUUGUAAAUUAUUUUAAAAUUUGAGGCUAGGAUGAAAAUUAAUUUAAUAACAAUCAGUAUUACUAAAAUAAUUGUGUUGUGGAAUGGGAGGGAACGAAGAGUUCAAACAAUUGACUGGAAAGGUUUUAUCCAUCUAAGACUUUCCCAAACAGCAAAUCCUUGAAGGGAAUGAGAUCCAGGUGUUAGUGUACAGUCUAGUGAUGCAACUAAACUGGGGCUCAGACCUCUAUUUUGAGAUGAUUGUAGAUAUUUUUCUUCCCCUGCUGCUGUGUUUACAGUUCAUGCAUGGAUAAUGGUCCUGUUAGACUCCUCUUGGCUGAGAUGGAAAGAUACCAUAGAGAAAAUAUCCUGGAAGCUGCCUCGCGGCUGCAUCUAGUGUGACACUGAAUGGCUAACUGCCUGGAUAACAAAACUGAAGAGAGUAAAAGCAUGAUAUUGGCCACCUUCAUGAUUUUAGUUUUGGUAAAUUAUUACUGAGCUGUUAGAGACACAGCUUUCAAGUAAUCGAGACCGUAAUGAAGUUAGGACUGGUACCGUGACGUACAGCAUGUUAAUGGUGAGAUUUCUCCAAGUCUGUCCUCAUUGCAUAUAGCUAUUCAUAUAAGUUCUAUAUUGUACAAUAAUUACCUUGAAAACCAGUACUGCCAGGAAAAAUUUGAGUUUAUUGAUCUGAAUAACAUUGGAGUAUGAACUGAUAACAUUUAGGCACUUGGCAAAAAUAUGAAAACUGACAUGAAUUGAUAGAGUUAAAUAUUUUGCGUAAGCUAUUUUUGUUUCAUUUAACAAAGUGCUCUGGGAAAAAACAAAAUUGAAGAAAACCUUGAAUUUUAAGCAAGGAUAUAAGUACGUUUAAAACUACUGUCAGUGUUCUGUUAAAAAUGGAUUCCCCUUGUUUCAGUGUAUUCUGUAGUUGGGCCUCUAGGUGGCACCCACAAGCUGCAGGAAGCUAUGGGGAAGCCUGACAUCAAGAAGGGUGUCUAGAUCUGUAAGUAAUAAUGAGAACUGUACCUGAAAUUAGUCUUGCGAAACCAGGAGAAUACAAUUUAUCUUUGCAAAUGGCGUUUAAAAAUUAAUUCGUGUUGAUUUACAUCACUAUUAGUAUUUUUCAAAUUUCUGGAGAUUUGAUUCCAAAUUAAAAUAAAAUUUAUGAUGCAUGAUUUGAGGAACUCCCUCUGCAAAAGCACCUGGAGCAAUUUAAAUUAAAAAGAAAUUUUAAAAGCUUAAUUUUGAAAUGACAUCUUAUUCCUAAAAGAAAUACUUUUGAUAUUCCUUCUACAAAGGAUUUGAGAAAUAGAAGUUUGGGUCAAAGUGAAAAUAUGAGCGAUAGUUCAAACUUUAUGUACAUAGAGAAAUAGGUAAUACAUUUCUAAAAUGGUAACUUCUUUUGAGAAGUAAUUUCCAAAGGGUUUUAUCUGCAUGUCUGUGUUAACUGUUUCAUUGGAGAAAGUUAAGAAGAUGUGACUAUAAUAUUUAUUACUUUUUUAAAGAGGGCAGGCAGUUCCUCUUCUGUAUCUUAGAUCUUUCUUCCUACAGCACUAGUAAAGUACUCUGUAUAUAACAGUCCUUCAAUAAAUGUUGUUGAAUGACUUUUUUAUUUUUACCUUAUGCAGAAAACAUAGCUUUAUUAUUAUCUACACGUUGAUUUUUAAAAGUAAUCCCAGAUUUUGCAGUAACUGAGUGAAUUAAGCCGGUUACUAUUUAUCUAAGCCUAUAAUCUCACCCAUAAGAUAGAGAUGAUAUUUGCUCAAAUGAUUGUUGUAGAAAUAAAACUGUGAAUGUCACUCUUGUUUUAAAAAAUAUGGUAUUUGAUUAUAAUAGGCUGAAUACCUUUUUUUUUUGAAAUGACAAGAUAAUUAGACCAACAAAAUGUGCUAGUUAAAAAAAUUUCUGAUUCUACAAAAAGUUUUACUGGAAUAAUUCCGAAACAUAUUUAUCAAAGUGGUCUGUCAAUGUGAGGGUUCAUUCUAACUUUUGACUUCAAUUUUAAAAAAUGAUAAACCUUAUUAACCACCAAGUGGCUGGAUUAUAUCAAGAUCCAUGGUGUAGUUCAAAUGUCGCCUCUUCCCUGAAGCCUUUUUUUACUUCCUCAAGUGGAUGUACUAUAUGUUUUUUCUGAACUUCCUUACCAUUAAUUUUUUUAUUUUCAGAUAAUCAUUGAUUCAGAUAUGGUUAAGAUAUAACUGUAAGAUAUAAUUCACAGAGAUUCUGUGUACCCUUUACUCAGUUUACCUCAAUAGUAAGAUCUUGCUUAGGUGUAGUAUAAUAUUACAAUGAAGAAGUUGACAUUGAGACAAUCCAUUAACUUUAUUAGGAUGCAAUCAAUUAUAUAUGCAUGUGUAGGUGUGUGUGUAAUUAGUUCUAUGUAAUUUAAUUACAUAUGUAGAUCCAUGUGAUUACCAAGAUACAGAUAGUUUGUUCACAAGGCUACAUCACGCUACCGACAGCCAUCCAGCUCCCUCCCUAAGCCUGUGUCUCGUCUCUAAUCCCUGGCAACCACUAAUCUGCUCCCCAUCUUUAUAAAUUUUAUUGUUUCAAUAAUGGUAUAUAAAUAUAUUAUACAAUAUGUAACUUUUUCAGGUUGGCUUUUUCGCUCAGUAUAAUUUUCUUGAGAUCUGUCCAAGUUGUUGUGUGUGUCAGUAGUUAAUUCUUUUUUUAUUAUUGAGUAGUAUUACAUGAUACGGCUGUACCUCAGUUUGUUAACUGUAUACCCAUUGAAGGGCAUUUGGAUUGUUCUCAGGUUUUGGCUAUUACAAAUAAAACUGCUAUGAAGA